AUGAAGCUCACUUUCAAGGACCUGAAGCAGGAGAAGUUCGUCAUCGAUGUUGAACCUUCUGAGACUGUUCGCGAGGUCAAGGUCAAAAUCGCCCAAGAGAAAGGCGAAUAUGAGGCAGAGCGCAUGAAGGUCAUUUACUCUGGAAAGAUCCUUCAGGAUGACAAGACAGUUGAAUCUUACAACAUCCAAGAGAAGGAUUUCCUAGUGUGCCUACCUUCAAAGCAACCCAAGGCCGCCGCCUCUACCGCCUCCCAAGUUCCCUCGACCCCAGCUGCCCGAGCUCCUGUGUCAACACCCGCUCCUCCCCCAGCUCCUAGUGCUGCCGCCGCUCCUCCUCCUUCUGUCGCCCCCGCGACACCCUCCCCGGCCGGUGCAGCUCCUGCUCCAUCGAGCGGUCCCGCCUUCGGAGAUCCUUCCGCUCUCACCAUGGGCUCUGCCGCCGAGGGAGCAGUUGUCCAGAUGGAGGCAAUGGGCUUUGCACGCACUGAUAUCGACCGUGCCAUGCGCGCCGCAUUCUAUAACCCUGACCGUGCCAUCGAAUACCUUCUGACCGGUAUUCCCGAUAACAUCCAGGAACAGCAACAACAACAGCGACAGGACUCGGAGCCAGCCCCUACUGGUGCUGCUCCUGCUGCCCCCGCUGCUCCUUCCGGUGGCGACGAGCCGCACCUCAACCUCUUCGAAGCUGCUGCUCAGGCCGGUGGUGAAGGUGGUGGCCGACCUCGCGGUGCUGCUGGUGCCGGCGCCGGUGCGGGUGCCGCUGGUGGUGAAGCUCUCGGCAGCCUGGAGUUCCUCCGCAGCAACCCCCAUUUCCAACAGCUUCGUCAGCUUGUUCAACAGCAGCCUCACAUGCUCGAGCCCAUCCUGCAACAGGUCGCCGCUGGGAAUCCCCAGAUUGCGUCAAUCAUCGGACAGAACUCCGAUCAAUUCCUACAGCUUCUGGGUGAGGAACUUGAGGACGAGGAGGGUGCUCUGCCACCCGGCGCGCAGGCCAUUUCGGUUACGGAAGAAGAGCGCGAUGCUAUUGAGCGUCUGUGCCGUCUCGGAUUCCCCCGCGACUCCGUCAUCCAGGCCUACUUCGCUUGCGACAAGAACGAGGAGCUCGCUGCCAACUUCCUCUUCGACCAGCCGGACGAGGAUGAGCAGUAA